AUGAUGAUCGAUACCGAUGAAUAUCAGGACAUCGUGAGCCCAGCAGAAGAGAGAAGCUGUCCCUGGCUGAACCCCUGGGUCUUCCUUGUUUCUGUCCUUGCCAUCAAAACUGCCUUUGUAAUCAUCUGCCUUGUUGUUUUCCUUCACGGAAGCUAUGGCCAGUACAAGACUCUGCUCCAGAGUGGUACAGAGUGGCACUGCGUCCCCAACGUACCUGCAGGCAAAAAGGAGGGCUGGACAUGCUGUCCCAACGGCUGGAGACGCUUUCAAGACAAGUGCUAUUAUCUGUGCACCGAUACGAUGUCCUGGGUUGAGAGUCAGCAGAACUGCACCGGGAUGGGCUCCCACCUGGUGGUGAUCAACAGCAGAGAAGAGCAG